UCUGUUUCAAAAUUUCCAGCUAGCUUCGAAAUCUUUCUCUCCUCCUUGAUUUCCUGUAAAUUUCUUCUGCUGCCAGGUUUUGUAAACAGCAGUUGCUGGAAAGUACUAUUUGCGGUGUAGCAUCAUGUCAAGUAUUACUGUUUGUGCUCGCUUCAGGCCUUUAACUUCAAAAGAGAAGCUAAAUGGCGAUGCUGAUUCUGUCUGCAUUCGGUGCAUAGACUCCGAAACUUUCGUUUUCAAGGACGAUAAGGAUGAAGAAUUAACGUUUAGCUUUGAUAGAGUGUUCUACGAGGAAUCCAAGCAAGAUGAUGUCUAUCAAUUCCUAGCUCUUCCCAUAGUUAGAGAUUCUGUCAACGCAAUUAAUGGGACAAUUAUCACUUAUGGCCAGACUGGAGCUGGGAAGACAUAUAGUAUGGAGGGACCUGGUAUACUUGAAUGUGACGAACAGAAGAAAGGACUUCUUCCAAGGGUUGUAAAAGGACUAUUUGAUUCCUUAAGUCCUUCAGAUGAAGAAUUGACAUUUUCAAUCAAGUUGUCAAUGGUUGAAAUUUACAUGGAAAAAAUAAGGGACCUUUUUGAUUUAUCAAAAGACAAUAUACAAAUUAAGGAGAGUAAAUCUCGAGGAAUAAUUUUACACGGCGUAACAGAGAUCACUGUACUGGACCCAGCUGAAGCUUUGCAAAGCCUCUCCAGGGGGAUAGCUAACCGAGCAGUAGGAGAGACCCAAAUGAACUUGGCCAGCAGCAGAAGUCAUUGUGUUUAUAUAUUCACAAUCCAGCAAGAAUUUUUGAGAGAGAAAAGGAUGAGGUCCGGAAAAUUAAUUCUUGUGGACUUGGCGGGGUCUGAGAAAGUGGAGAAAACAGGUGCUGAAGGAAGAGUUCUAGAAGAAGCUAAAACCAUAAAUAAAUCGUUGUCUGCUCUUGGGAAUGUAAUAAAUUCUCUUACAUGUGGCUUGCAAGGAAAAACAAGCCAUAUCCCGUAUCGUGAUUCCAAGCUCACCCGAAUGCUUCAGGAUGCACUUGGAGGAACCGCUAGGACUGCAUUACUCUGUUGUUGCUCCCCUAGUGCUUCUAAUGUAUCAGAGUCUCUGUCCACUCUCCGUUUCGGAGCAAGGGCGAAACACAUAAAGUCCUCUCCUCGAGUUCAUUGCAUUGAAGAAAAGAGCAACACAGGCUCCACUGCUUCUUCUCCACCGGGUGAUGAGUUUUCUUUAAGAAUUAUGAACGAGUUGGGGAAACGAUUGAACAUGGAAGAUGUGAAGUUAUUGGAGGAAUUGUUCAUUCAAGAGGGAAUUCUUUAUGAUCUACAAUCAGUUGAAGAAGAUCAAGAAAUAGAAAAUCUUAAUUUUCAGACUAUAUCCUUACUACAAGAAGCCUUGGAAAAGCUCACAUCGGCCAUUGAUGAGCUUAAAAGGGAGAACAGCAUUCUCAAGGCAAAAGUUGAUGCCUCUGUGGAGUUUUCCUUCUGCAAGGAAGAUAAGAAAAGAUUGAUUCAUAAUAUGAUUUUUGGUGGGGUUAUCUUUGUUUCUCUUUGGGGUCUUUUGGUGUGGGUUAUUUGAGUGUUCUGUAUAUUUGGUUAGGAUAGUCUGUAG